AUGGAGAACAAUAAGACAGCAGUAGUAGAGUUUAUUCUCCUCGGCUUCUCUCAGGAUCCUAGAGUUCAGUCCCUUCUUUUCCUCCUUUUCUUUGCCAUCUAUAGCACAACUUGGCUUGGAAAUCUCACCAUCAUAAUCACAGUGUUCCUCACACCUGUUCUACAUACCCCCAUGUACUUCCUGCUUGCUAACUUGGCUGUCGUAGAUAUCAGUGAAUCAUCUGUCACAUCACUCAAAAUGUUGUGGAACCUCUUCUCCCACACUCAAACCAUCUCCUACAACUGGUGCAUUACACAGAUUUUCUUCUUUCAUUUAACAGGGGGCACAGUGGUCUUCUUGCUUGUUGCAAUGGCCGUGGACAGAUAUAUUGCUAUUUACAAGCCACUGCAAUAUUUAAUUAUUAUGAAGAAAGGAAUUUGCAUAGGAUUGGUAGUAGGAGCAUGGCUGGGUGGCUUUGCUCACUCCAUUAUCCAGAUUGGAAUUCUCCUUCAGCUCCCCUUCUGCAAAUCCAACAUUUUGGACAAUUUCUACUGUGACGUCCCUCAGCUCAUCAAGCUGGCAUGUGCUGAUACUUACACAACCGAACUUCUGAUGGUUGGCAAUAGUGGGCUUCUCCUGACAUUGAUCUUCUUUACUUUGCUGGUGUCAUAUACUACCAUCUUAGUAAAGAUUCGGAGGCACAUCACUGAAGGCAAGCACAAGGCUCUUUCCACCUGUGCUGCCCAGGUCAUAGUUAUGAGUUUAAAUUUUGUUCCAGGGAUGUUCAUUUAUGACCGCCCUUUCAAGGUGUUUCCUGCAGACAAGAUUGCUUCAGUUCUCUAUACUCUUUUGACACCAAUGCUGAAUUCCAUGAUCUUCACUCUUCGGAAUAAGGAGAUGAAACUCACCAUUAAGAAACUCAUGAAAAAAUGCUGUCUUUCUAAAAUGACAGAAGCACCACAUUCUAUCUGA